UGCAAAAGAGAAAAAAGAAAGAAAAAAAAAAGGAGCAGAUAAAGCAAGACAAAAUACGGCUAUCCCCCUCUCUACUUCUUGUUCACAAUGUCGCGAGGGACUGAUAAGCUACUGAAGAAUUUGAAGCAAUUCACAGACCUUCAGUACAAGCACUUCACUAACCGCUAUGGACAGCAACUCAUUGACAUCUUCGAAUUCCCUAUAAAACUCGUUCUCUCCCCUUUCACUCUUGCUUAUGACAUUGCUGGCUCCGCCCCUAGGGGCUUUGGUGUACCCGAGUUCAUCUCUAAGCUCUCUUAUUCUGCCAUCUUUGUGGUGGCUACUGUGGGUACUUAUGAUAUUGCGAUGGAGCUAGGAAAGAAGGUGCUCUGCCAGAGGGACUGUCGGACAUGUAACGGAUGGCAGGCAUUGCGAUGCACAAUGUGCAAAGGGUCAGGCAAGGUGCAUUAUCAAGUGAAAAACUAUACAUUGAAAAGGGGAGAGAAGGCAACAGCAGAAUCCAUUGCAGAUGCCAUAGCUGAUAACAGAGCUGAGUUGGUGCACCUUCCUUCCACGGUUGACCUUCACUUGCCACUGCCAUCUAAAGAAUGUCCAAAUUGUGAUGGAUCGGGGGUGAUGAAGUGCCCGGAAUGCAAAGAGAAGCUGCAAAUCAGGAUAUCUGCAGAUGAUAUUAUGGAGCCUCCUUGGAAAGCUUAUAAUAUCAUGAGAAAGAUGGAUUAUCCUUAUGAGCAUAUUGUUGAUAGUAUGAAGGACCCCAGCAUUGCUGCAUUUUGGUUGAUUACCUUGCCUCAGAUAGUGGGUGGAUUUGAAUAUGAUGAUGAUGUCAAGCAGAAGAUUUGGUGGCAAUAUAAGGAAUCUAUGCGAUAUGAUCAACUUCGAGAUGUGGUGGCCAAGAGAAAACCUGGAUGGGAGUAUUUGCAAGAUGCCUUGAUCUCUAUUGAUCCCAGCCGAGCUAGGGAAGAUCCUGUUAUUGUGAAGAACAUUCCUUACUUCAAGGCCAAGAAAGCUCUGGAGGCAGAAGUCAUGAAGCUUGACCCCCCGCCGCGUCCUCAAAAGUGGGGGGAGUUGAACCUUCCACUAGACGCGUCUUCUUGGAGUGAAGAGGACCUCAAAGAUCCAAAAAAACUAUAUGAGAUGACAGUUCUUCUUAAUGCCCAAAGAGAAAUUGCCGAAAAGAUGCUGGAUGCUCAGUGGGAAGCAAAGUGGAGAGAAGAAAAGCUUAACAAAAUGUUGGAGGAGAAGGUCCGGCCGUACAUUCAGAAUAUUGACAAUACUGUACUUCCUCAGCCUAUCGUUAUGGAGUCUGAAAGAAAUCAGGAUCAAAAGAAAAAGCAUGGACGAAGGAGAUGGUGGUUGUUCUGAUGGUCUUCGUUAAAGCCAGUACAAUAUCUAAUGCUUAUAGCAGCUUUGUUUUUCUUUUUUCCUGCGCUUUAUGUUCUAUUCAAGUGUCUGUUGUACGUAGCAAAGUGGAUUUGUAGUCUCUCUUUCCCUCCCCUUUCUCUCUCUAUUUAUGCUAUGUUACCCUACAAAACAACAAUAUGCAUAAGCAGACUAUAUGAAUUUCUUCCUAGUCUUUCUCCCUCCUA